AUUUGCAACCAAUCAUAGUUUGCAAAAGAGUUGUGCGUGCAUGGCCACCAUUAAUUUCACCAUUCCAAAAUUAUCAAUUACCAAUUAACUUCCUAAGCUUGCAUGCAUGGGACCUAAUUCCUAGCUACGUCCCUAUCCAUGCACAUCCACGUCCAAUAUUCAUAACCACCAACCAAAUGGAAAAUCAAGGCGCCGGAGGGAAGAGGUUGGUGGUGGUGGUGGCUGAUCCUGGCCGGGAGUCUGCCGGAGCUCUUCAAUGGGCAUUAUCUCAUGCAGUGCUAGAACAAGAUGAUAUAAUUCUCCUUCAUGUUGAACCGAUGAAUGCGAGGAAGACAACUACUCUUUCAUUCCUCCGUCGGCAAGCUGCCGGGAGUCCUAUGGAGAGCGGUGGCGGUGGCAGUGGCGGUGAGUAUUAUGAGUUUCUUUAUUCGAUGAAAGCCGAAUGCAAGAGGAAGCAACCUAAGGUGAAGGUUCAGAUUGAGAGGGUGGAGAUGGAGGAUAAGGAUAAGGCAAUCACUAUUCUAACUCAUGCCGAUGUUCUCGGGGCCGGGCUUCUUGUUAUCGGCCAACGAAGGAAUUCGGGGACUUUUAUUGGAAGAAAGCUAAGUGAGACAAUGUCAAUGAAGGGGAAUGAUAUUGCUGAUUAUUUAAUUGAAAAUAGCAAAUGUUUAUGUGUAGGAGUUCAGAAGAAGGGACAAAAUGGAGGCUAUGUUCUCAAUACCAAGACACAUAAGAACUUUUGA